AUGUCCGGGGAAACUCAUUCACGUGCCACGAGUAUACAUCAAUGUUUUAAUCUAAUAUAUGUUUACCUAUAUCAUACCGGAUGUUUGGGCUGUAAAAUUAAAAAUGGCAAAGAGUUAUAUUGCAAAAAAUGGUACAGAUUAUAUAGUUACAUAUACCGUAGCAUAUACCUUACCGGUUUAAUUGGUGGUUUUUUGUAUAAAAUAUACGAUGAGGAAUUAAAUGAAGCCAUGAUGGGUAUUUUAACACCAGUGGUUAAAGUUAUAUUGACAUUCGAAUGUUUCAUUUGUCCCAUAUCUUAUGUGGAGGUUACAUUCUAUAUGGAUUGGUAUUGUGAUAAAUACCUAAAACUGGCCAAUACUCUACAGAGUCUAGAUGAACAAUUGAAAAUGAAUUUUCCCAGUAUCCAAUGGAAUUAUCAUAAAAGUACACGAAAAUAUAAUCCCAUGACAGUGGGUAUUUAUGGUUUUUAUUCGAUAGUCUCAACAAUUUAUAUCUUUCAUAUUGCUCACUGUAGAUGUGGUUGGUUUAGUUCGACUAUUCUAUCACUUUGUUAUGCUUGCGUAACGGGUGCUCCUGCUUUUGCUGGAUUUUUGUUUAUUGGUAAUAUGGAUAUGUUAAGAUUACGCUUUCGUUUAAUACGUAAAUUAUUGCAACUACAAUUUGUUAAUAAACAUUCAAAAUCCCGUCAUAUGCACGCAGAAGAUGUGGCAAAAUUUAAAUUGUUAGAAAAUUAUUUUAUCCAAUAUUCCAGUUUGAUAGUAACUCUCAAUCAAGUGUUUUGUGUUGUAAGCGGUUCGGGUUUAUUUCAUGAUUUUGCCAUAACCACCAGUUUGGGUUAUCUUCUAUGCUCGAAAGCUUUAGACACAAAAGCUAAAUGGUAUGAAUAUGUUUUCGUAAGUCUUUUUAUGGUACCAAGAAUAUAUAAAGUAUUAACCACUUCAAUAUAUGGUUAUACCACGCAAAAAGAGCGUAAAAAUUGCUCCCGAGAAUUUGUUAAAAUUGAAUCGAAUUUUAAAAAGUCUACCUUAAUACGCCAGCCUUUGGAAGAUUUUCUUCACUGGAGUAUGCACAAUAAUUAUAGCAUAAAAGUGGGCAAAAUUCUUAAUUGUAAUUUGAGUUUAAUAUUUUUGACUUUGAACAGCGUCGUUAAUUACAUUUUGAUUUAUAUACAAUUACAAUUUCAACAAAAUAGUAUUGUAAACAGAUUCAUGAAUAAUGUUGAAUUAAUCACGAAUGAUGCUGAAGUUUUAUAA